AUGACAUCUUGCCUGAAUGGUGUGAUGUACGCACUGAUUGCUUUUCUUGGCACCACGCUUGGCAAUGACUCACUAUUCGGGAAAAAUCUACUUCAUUAUCUCGCUUCCGCUAUUCCGGCUUGUGUUAUCGGUGUUGUUGUUGUCGCAGUCUUGCCUGAGACUCCAAAAUUCCUCUUCUCGAGAGGCGAAUACGAGAAAGCCGUUGAUUCUAUUAAACUCUACUACGGUGAAUCAGCUAUUAUUUCAGAGUCGCUCAAAUCCAUUGAGAAGGAUGUAAGAGAAGCUUCUACCGAAAAGGCAAAAUUCUCCGAUCUUUUUGCACAAAAACACCUCUGGGCAGCACUUUUGCUCUUUCUUGCAUCACUUCAGAACACUGUAGCGCUGUGGACGAUCCUUUUCUCCUCCACAUUCUAUCUCGAAAGCAUAGGUGUUGCGCAUAGCUUGGCACAGUGGUCAAGUUCACUGAUGGCUGGGGCAUUUCUAGCAGGGACAGUGAGCGGUGCAGUUUUGAUCGAGAGAUGUGGACGUCGAAGCAUUAUUAUUUGGUCCAACCUUACUAAUAUGGCAUCACUCAGUCUCUAUGUGUUCUUUGCUGAGAUGAGCACCUUCUUUGAACCGAUGAAAUAUGGCUGCCCACCGAUGCUCACCAUUUUUGGUUUCACAUAUGGAGUCGGAGUCGGGCCAGUGGCGCGCUUCAUCGGAUCCGAACUGGUGACACUCCGCUAUCGCAGCAUGCUAACAUCUGUCGGCUUUGCAUGGGACACCAUCAUGAGCUGCAUAACGGCAUUCAGUUGUGGACCUCUAUUCAAUCUCAUCGGUCCGAAGGCGUUCUUGGUGCUGUACGUCGUACCCUCCAUUUCGUGCACCUUCUAUCUCACCUUAUUUCUGCCGGAGACACGAGGAAGAGAAACCGGAGAAAUCGUUACUAUGCUGAAAAAACAUUAA